GGGACACGGGGACAGGGGACCGGAGGACAUGGGGGUAGAGGACAGGUAUUUGGGGACAGGGUUUCUCCUAAAUGGAGACACUGAGCUCUUGCCCACGCCCUCUGGGGCGCCCCCAGAAGCUGUGCUCACCAGCCACCAGCCCUGCUCCAGGGGCAGCAGCUGCAGAGCCAGGUGUGGAAACCCCCCCCCAGGGCUCAGGGAGGGCACAGGUGCCUGGGCUGUGUGCCCACUGCAGACAGGACACGUCCCGGGGUGCCCACUGCAGACAGGACAUGUCCCGGGGUGCCCACUGCAGACAGGAUACAUCCUGGGGUGCCCACUGCAGACAGGACAGACUCCUGGGAUGCCCACUGCAGACAGGACAUGUCCCAGGAUGCCCACUGCCCACUGCAGACAGGACAUGUCCCAGGAUGCCCACUGCAGACAGGACACACUCCCGGGAUGCCCACUGCAGAAAGGACACGUCCCAGGAUGCCCACUGCUCACUGCAGACAGGACACGUCCCAGGAUGCCCACCGCUCACUGCAGACAGGACAUGUCGCGGGAUGCCCACUGCUCACUGUAGACAGGACACGUCCCGGGAUGCCCACUGCUCACUGCAGACAGGACACAUCCCGGGGUGCCCACUGCCCACUGUAGACAGGACACGUCCCGGGAUGCCCACUGCCCACUGUAGACAGGACACGUCCCAGGAUGCCCACUGCAGACAGGACACACUCCCGGGAUGCCCACUGCAGAAAGGACACGUCCCAGGAUGCCCACUGCUCACUGCAGACAGGACACGUCCCAGGAUGCCCACUGCCCUCUGCAGGCAGGACACGUCCCAGGAUGCCCACUGCUCACUGCAGACAGGACACGUCCCAGGAUGCCCACUGCCCCCUGCAGGCAGGACACGUCCCGGGGUGCCCUGUCCUCCUCUGAGGGCUCUGCAGAGUUGCCCCAUCCCUCCCUUACUGCCCCCUCUCCCGGUGGUCACACUCCUGCCCACUUUCUGUGUCUGGUCAUCCAGUCUCCAUGGGGGCUGGGGGGUGUCUUCUCAGCCCAGUGGGGUCUAAGCCCCUCCCAUCACGUGCGCCCCCCAGAAGACACAGCACCUCACCGGGGCUGGAUGUUGGGUGCUCCAGCCCCGGCAGCCUGGCCUGUCCCCGGCCUGCCCCUGUCCCCGCCUCGUCCCUGCCCAGGUGGGGGGAGCCAGACACCUGCCUUUCCAGGUGGGGCUGGGGGUGGGACGGGCAGCUCUGGGGACCAAGGCAGGAAAGCAGCCGUGUCCCUCUGUCUAGAAGCCUCUGCCGUCUUUUUCUCGAUAAUUUGGGGACUUAUUGGCUACUUUAACCGUAAGAACCUUACAGGGGAAGUGCAUAAAAAUAACAA